UACAACAUAACCUCAACUUUGUGGCUCUCAGCUGAUUUUGGAGUAUUUGUAGGUUGUGAAAUAAAAUUGUGAAAUUAAUUUAUUAUCCGCCCAAAUUAUUCCUUUUGGUUAACACGUGAAAUUCGCAAGAUGGACGAAGAAUCUAAGCAGAUGAUUGACGAUUGCUUCCUGCGUCCCGUGCUCGAUGUGAGCACAACUAAUGCAGGAAUUAAACCUCCGCCCCCUAAGGCGCCAGUAAAAGUAGAAUUGCAGGUGCUGCGGCUGAAUGAAGAUUCCCAAAAUUUGGUGAUGGAGACCCUCCGUGGUAUACACGGUCAGGACUUUGAUCUGGGCAGUGAAAGUGCUUACAAGGACAAGGGGAGUCAUUUUAAAAAGUCCUACUGGGAGGAACGUGGCAAUUUGGUCAUUCAGGGCAUCACUGAUUUCUCCAAUGUUCCAAAAACUGGUUCAUCUUCUGAAGAUAUGAUGCGCUUUUAUGCCAUCCGGAAACUCGAGAGCUAUGGAUUUCACAAGAAUCACUGUCAGGAAGCCCUUGAGUACUGCAAAUGGGACAUCGAUGAUGCUCUCAAACUUCUCUAUGACAAGUAUUUUCCACCUCCUUCUCCACCAGGAAUAGAUCCGGAUAUUUCAGCGACGAAAAAUGAAAUUAUUAUGAUGCGGGAAGACGAGAAAUCCGCUCUGGAGUCAAUUUAUGAGGGAAACUUUGAGGAAAAGGAAAGGAACCGGAUAUGGCAAUUGAAACUGAAAAUUGAGCAUCUGCUAAUCUAUAGUCCAUCAGAGAAGAAAAAGAUGGAACUGGAGCGGAAGAAGAAUGACAAUGUGCCUAAGGUGAAGAAGAGUAUGGAGAAGUGUAGGAACUUUGCCCGAGGAAAAUGCAAAUAUGGAGAAAAUUGCAGAUUUUCCCAUGAAGUUGACAAACCUCCUGAAAAGCCCGUUGACAAACAAUCGCAAGAAGCGGAAAAUUGGUUCUACCUCGAAGUUAGAUUUCCUGAUGGAUGCAAAUAUCCCUUUGAGGCACCACUUGUUCUUCUGAAGACUACAUAUCCAGAUUUCCCAACACCCACGUGCUUGCGCCUAAUGCGAAUGCUUGCUGUGGAAGCACGCAAAGUAGCUGAGGACGGGAUGCCGAGCUUCUACACUCUAGCCGAAUUGCUGCAAGUGAAGGAAGAAGUGGAGGAGUUUCUGAGAAAUGACCUCACACCAUUCCUUAAUUCAAAAUUAUCCCUUUUCUUUGUAACUGAAGAGGCUGAAAAUGGUAUUGAUGAAAAGAAAAAUCUUCCGACGCACUAUCAAAAGGGAACUACAGGGAAGUCAGACAGGGAUAGAGCUACCAGGGAAGAGCUUCGGCGUGAAAAUGCUAGACUUGUGCGAAAAUUCACUGAGAAACAGACAAAUCUCAGCUAUCAGAAUAUGAUGAAGACACGACAAUCACUUCCAGUGUGGGAUAAACGGAAAGAAAUCCUCGGGAUAUUGGAGAAAAAUCAAGUGUUGGUGAUUAGUGGUGAAACAGGAUGCGGUAAGAGUACCCAAGUGCCUCAAUUUCUUCUCGACCAAUGGCUCAGCUCAGCAGCUGAAGGGAAUAAUAAGAAUAUUCCACACGUUGAGAUUAUCUGCACCCAACCAAGACGUUUGUCAGCAAUCGGGGUGGCACAGCGCGUAGCCGAUGAGCGUGUGGAACGCAUUGGAAACUCCGUAGGCUACCAGAUUCGGCUAGAAAAUAAAAUCUCUGCAUCCACGCGUCUCACUUUCUGCACAACUGGUAUUCUCUUGCGACGCUUGCAAACGGACCCUGUACUAGCUAAUGUAACUUACGUGAUUGUGGACGAAGUGCACGAGAGAAGCGAAGAAUCUGACUUUCUGCUGCUCAUCCUAAGAGAAUUGCUGGAGAAACGCUCUGAUCUGAGAGUUAUCCUCAUGUCGGCCACUCUCAAUGCUAAAAUCUUCUCUGAGUACUUCAAGGGGGCUCCAGUGCUGGAUAUUCCUGGGAGAACUUUCCCGGUUGAACAGCUCUUCCUGGAGGAUAUUAUUGAGCAGUCCAACUAUGUCCUGGAAGCAGAUUCACAACACUGUCGCAAGCUCAAGAAGUCUGAUGAGGCUGAUCUUAUGAAUGAAUUAGAAUAUGCUGAUGUGAUUGCCUCAAAUGCCGAUCCUCCCCGUUCCAUUCGGGAUGAGAAUCUCAAAUUGGCUGACUUCUAUUCACGAUACAGGAAUUUUUCAAAGAGAACGUGCAAUACAAUGUUCCUAAUGGAUCCAUUGAAAAUCAAUCCCGAACUUAUUGAAUCAGUGCUUGUGCACAUUGUGAAAGGGGAGCACAAUUGGCCACGCGAAGGAACCAUCUUGAUCUUCUUGCCAGGUUUUGCUGAAAUUCAAUCUGUCCACAAUUGUCUCACCGAUAACGCACUCUUCAGCCCUCGGGCUGGGAAUUUUGUUCUUGUGCCCCUUCAUUCAACUCUCACGAAUGAGGAGCAAUCGCUGGUGUUCCAGAAACUUAAGCCACCAAAAAGGAAAAUCGUUCUUAGCACAAAUAUUGCCGAAACUUCCGUUACCAUUGAUGACUGUGUGUUUGUCAUUGAUUGUGGGCAUAUGAAGGAGAAGCGAUUUGAUUCGAAUAGGAAUAUGGAAUCCUUGGAACUUGUCUGGGUUUCCCGAGCUAAUGCUUUGCAGCGAAAAGGACGAGCCGGGAGAGUUAUGAGUGGUGUAGCCAUUCACCUAUUCACGAGGCAUCGGUACACGCAUCACAUUCUGAGUCAACCUGUGCCAGAGAUUCAUCGUGUACCCCUUGAACAGCUUCUUUUGCGCAUAAAGACACUCCCGAACUUCUCGCGCAGGACCAUUGAGAGUGUCAUUGAGGCAACUAUUGAGCCACCAACGCAGGAGAGUAUUACUUCGGCUAUAGGACGUCUACAGGAUGUUGGUGCAUUGGAUGCUGAUCAAAAUCUAACAGCCCUGGGCCAUCACUUGGCUACCCUACCCGUUGAUGUGCGAAUUGGGAAACUCAUGCUUUUCGGUGCGAUCUUCCAGUGUGUCGACAGUGUCCUAACAAUAGCUGCCUGUCUCAGUCACAAAUCCCCCUUUGUGGCACCUUUUAGCAAGAAAGCCGAAGCAGAUGCGAGAAAACGUGAACUGGCUGUCCUCAAUAGUGAUCACCUCACUGUCUUGCGAGCAUAUCAGCGAUGGCGCGAGGCCAAUAAGCGCAGUCGUUAUUCAGGAAGGUGUUUUGCCGAAGAGAACUUCCUCUCAGUGCCAACAUUGGAGAUGCUUAUGGAGAUUAAGCAGCAAUUCCUUGAGCUUCUUGUCUCAAUUGGCUUCAUCCCCAUUGACCUGUCCGGACGGCACAGUCGCAAGCUCCAGGACAACGUGUUGGAGCUAACUGGAAGUGAAAUGAAUUGCAAUGGAGAAAACUAUCGCCUCCUCAUGGGAAUUCUCUGUGCUGCUCUGUACCCGAAUGUCGUUAAAGUUCUUACGCCAGAGAAGAAUUUCAUAAUGAGCAUGGGUGGUGCUGUUCCACGCGUUGCUCAGCCAUCAGAGUUGCGCUUUAAGACCCGAGAAGAUGGCUACGUGACCAUUCAUCCGUCUUCCGUGAACUCCGUUGUGGGUCACUUCAAUUUCCCCUUCUUGGUGUUCCAGGAAAAGGUGAAAACAUCCCGGAUUUUCAUUCGUGAAUCCACCAUGGUGCCCCUCCUGCCGCUUGUACUCUUCUCCGGAUCCGACAUUAAGAUUGAACUCCAUGGAGGAGAUUUUAUUAUCUUACUCGAGGAUGGGUGGAUUAUGCUUCAGGCUGCCAAUCAUGCAGUAGCCGAGAUGGUAAAGUGGCUCCGGAAGGAACUUGUUGAGCUGCUGGAACAGAAGAUUCGGGAUCCUUGCUUGAAUUUGCUUCAUCACGAAAAUGGAAGUAGACUCAUUGGGACAAUUGUCCAUCUUCUCACGACGGAGUGAACACUGAACAUCCCCUCGAAACUCAAACACAGAAGGAAAAUAUUUUUGAAAAUAAAACCAUCCCAAAAAUUAAAAA